UGUAUUGCUUGCGAGGCCUCAAAUUCGAGAACUGCCUUCUCUCCAUUAUCCCUGAUAGUGUUGUGAUCAGGUGACUUUGUCAUCCAGAAUACGGUUGCCUUCGCCGCCACUGCAACUCUGUCUCAUCCUUCGCUUUUCUAAACUCCCUGCCCCUUCUGAUACAUACGAAUGCUCGGUAUUCUUGACUUACUGCCAUCUGCACCGCACAAUGAUAGUUACUAUUGACGAUUACCGCGGUGCCGAUUCCGAGGAUGGACCUGGGAAAAGCGAGCAAAUCAAGGACGAAGACGACGACACCAAGUUCACGGUGUCCAUGGCAGGCCAUCUCAAAUUGAAGCUGCAAGCACUGAACAGUAUGCUUAUAUGCACACCGUCUGAUCGACACGACCAGCUCCAGUUCGAUGAUGUUGCAGCAGGCGUUCCGCCUCGUACAUAUGUCAACGGCUCGGAGAAAGUGUACUUCUUAGUUAGAGACCUCACGUGGCCCAGCAAGAUCCCAGAUAUUUACAUGAAUGCCUACAGCGAGGUUGUGCGAUCAUGUCCUUUCACGAAUAGAUAUAUACGCAGACCUUCGAGGAACAGAAAGCUCAGAUGCUAUGGGCCAACAUACACCAGCUUUGCGCCGACAUUUUCCAGCAUACGAGCCUUGUUGCCUCAUAUCGAUGCUCUAUGUAACACUUCGCUCAAUGACUUUUUUGAGAAAGCAGAUGAAAAAGUAAAACCUUUUCCAUUCAUGAAUCUACCUGCUGAACUACGCCUUCAAGUCUAUGACUGUCUCGUUCCCAGCGAGGCUUUUGUACGCGUACGGACAAAGAAAUCCCAUAGGGUAGACCAGCGGUUCCCAAUGUGCCUUAGCAUCAUGCGAGUCAGUAGGACACUGUGCGAAGAAACUACGAGACACUUCUUCGAUAAGCCUUGCCUUCUUAUUGAGGCCUGUGAGAGGCCAAGAUACCACGAAGACAAUCCUUCUUUCUCGGCACAUACAGCAAUGGAUUACGCCGCACUCGUUACAAGCGUGAGUGCCGAAGUCAGGCGCAAGUUCACCCGACUCGAGAUCCAAAUCGUAUUGGGGGUGCCUAGUGUAGAGCAAGAGCUUUCACGUGAUAGACUGAGAGAUACUCCUUUGCGACAGAUAUGCUCUGCCCUUCCAAACCUUGAAGUUGUGCUUAUUUCAUUCCAAAGGAGGGAACAAUGUUCGGAGCUGAUAAAUUACGACCCACCUCCAUGGAGAGAAAGGAGAACUUACGUCAACAGCCAGUCGCGUACGCUUGACUGGAUUGAUGUCCAGCUGCCUGAUGAAGGACCUCGAGUUGCGUGGGACUUGAUGUACUUUGGGGGUCAGAUGGACGAUGCCGCACGAUUAAGGAGCGCUAUCAUGUCUGAGCGGAUGAUGAGGGGUUUGAUAGAAAAGGAAGGCAGCCUCGAGCUGGAGCAAAGCACGACUGCGACUCGGGAGGAUUUGCAGAGGUGGUCUGCUACGAAAGAACUAGUCCUUGACGCUCUCGGACGUCGAUAGCAGUUGCCAGUAGACUCUUGUAUCUCAUGAAGUAGCGUCUAAGCUUUCUUUCCAUUUAUUGCGUGUUACAGAAAUGAUGAAUCUAGUUUGCGGGCUAAUAUUCUGGUUAUAUUCAUGCAGACGUACACAUCUUUUAACAAAUCAACAGACACAUGUAAUUCUGCAGGGUGUUCGAUUACUAUCAUAGGGCUUUCCUGUGCUCUUAGAGUUUACAGCUUCGGUUACAACCCUCAGACCGGUGAU